AAUUUGAAUGCGCGCGCAUUUUUAAAUAACUUGCUGUCUGUCAGACAGCCAACUCGGCCUUUUUCCGGUGAACGGUUCAGCGGACGGACGUGUUCAAGCUCCUCGAAACUUAAUCCCAACAAAUCACAAAAAUGAGGAUCUACAAAGACAUCUUUACUGGUGAUGAGAUGUUCUCCGACACCUACAAAAUCAAGCUCGUUGAUGAGGUCUUGUACGAAGUGUACGGAAAGCUGGUGACUCGCAAGCAGGGCGACAUCCAGAUCGAUGGGGCUAAUCCGUCUGCUGAAGAGGCCGAUGAGGGCACUGAGGAUUGUGUCGAAUCCGGUGUCGACGUUGUCCUCAAUCACAGAUUGUGCGAGACCUUUGCCUUCGGUGACAAGAAAUCCUACACCUUAUACCUUAAAGACUACAUGAAAAAAUUGGUCGCAAAGCUGGAAGAAACAAAACCCGAUCAAGUUGAGGUGUUCAAGACCAACUGCAACAAAGUAAUGAAGGACAUCUUGGGUAGGUUUAAGGAAUUGCAAUUCUUCACCGGUGAAUCCAUGGACUGCGACGGUCUCGUCGGACUUAUGGAAUACAGAGAAAUCGACGGUGAAUCCGUCCCAGUACUGAUGUUUUUCAAGCACGGCCUCGAGGAGGAGAAAUUCUAGUGUGAUUUAUUAUUAAAUUUUUUUAAAUUAAAAUCAUAUUUUGUUAGCUAUUAUUUAUACUACCGAUAUAUAUUGUAAUGAGUCGCAUACGUUAUGUAUCAUCAAUUCCAAAAUUUGUUGCUGGUUUCUCUGUAUAUGUCCGAAUCUGUGAAUUAAAUUGAUUUCCUAUUA